AUGGCGAGCAUCCUAGCCAGCCCCCGGGGGCCCGGCUCGACCUGCACCCCCUGCGACUCAUCCUGCUCCAUGGCGGCGACACGCCCUCCCGCCCUGGAGGCCAGGAAACCCCAUAAGUGGAGCGAGGAGAGGAGAGACAAGCACGGAGAACAAGAUCGACAUAGUCUCGCUCUUCCGUACGGUCAAGGCGGACCAGAUCGAGAGCCUAGUAAGGAGUACAUGCUUGCUAGCAAGGAGUACAUGCUUGCUAGCAAGGAGUACAUGCUUGCUAGCAAGGAGUACAUGCUUGCUAGCAAGGAGAACAUGCUUGCUGCUGUCUACCCGCUGCCUCCCCCUCCCCUGCCCCCGUGUGUCGAUCAUGUCAGGGCGUCACAGCAGCUCCCGCGAGCGGAAGGCGUGCUAGACAGCGCAGAGCAAGCUCGUGUAGGCGACAGCAGGAGAGAGGAAGAGCGAGGAAGAGCGAGGGAGAGCGAGGGUUUGGGGCAGAAGCUGAGAGCUUGCUUGACAGUUCAAAGGCCGGGGAACUACAGGAAGGUCGAGGAGGAAGAGGAAGCAAGGCUUGCGCUGAUCGGAGGAAGAGGAGGAAGAGGGAGCAAGGCUUGCGCUGAUCGGACAAUGUGA